AUGUCUCAAUAUGAUCGAUGUUCGCCAAACAGUGCGUGUGCCUGUUUCCACAUAGCAGGUGCUAUUAACAUUGGCAUUUGUGGUGAUGAAUUCGUCGAUUGUUCUGCGCUGAUUACAUGUGAACAAUCAAGCAACGUUUGUCAUGAACCUAAUCAUAGAUGUGUUCAUCAUCCUCGAUGUCGUAAUCUUUCUGUUUGUUAUCCAAUUCCUAGUUUCAAUCAACAACUGUGUCCACCAAUAGCACCAAUGCAUACUACAACUUCAACGACAACGACCACUACAAACUCUAUUCAGCAGUUAGGAAUGAUUCCCAAUAUUCCGGUUAAUGCUCAAUGGAGAAAGAAUGGAGUAACUGUUGCUGGCGGUCUUCAACAUGGCGGUGCCAUCAAUCAACUCCAAAAUCCUCACGGUAUUUUCGUUGAUGAUGAUCAAACGAUGAUCAUCGCUGAUUGGGGCAAUGCACGUAUUGUUCAAUGGCAGUUGAAUGAUACAAAAGGACAAGUAAUAGCUGGUGGUAAUGGCCAUGGAAGUCGAUUAGACCAACUGUAUGAUCCAACUAGUGUUUUGAUUGAUAAAGAGAUGGAUAACCUCAUUAUUUGUGAUCGAGUAAAUCGACGAGUCGUACAAUGGUCUCGUCAUCCUAACACAACUCAAGGAGAAAUCCUCAUUGACAAUAUUCCUUGUAGAGGAGUGGCUAUGGAUAAUCAGAGAUAUCUCUAUGUUGCUGACGAAGAAAAACAUGAAGUAAGAAGAUAUCAAAUAGGAGAUAAGAAUGGAACUAUUGUUGCUGGUGGUAAUGGGAAUGGUACUAGUCUCAAUCAACUCAGCAGACCAGGAUACAUCUUUGUCGAUCGAGAACAGACUGUCUACAUUUCAGACAACUACAAUUUUCGUGUGGUGAAAUGGAAUAAAGAUGCACAAGAAGGAACUGUUGUCGCUGGAGGUCACGGCAAAGGAAACGCCUUGACACAAUUCGCGUAUCCUCGAGGAGUAUUUGUCGAUACAUUGCAUACUAUCUAUGUGGCAGACGCGCAUAAUCAUCGAGUGAUACGUUGGCCUAAAGAAGCGAAAGAAGGUACUAUCAUCGUAGGUGGAAAUGGUGAAGGACGAGAAGCAAAUCAACUUCGCUAUCCCGAAGGUUUAUUCUUCGAUCGAUAUGGCAAUCUCUAUGUCGCCGACAAUGGAAAUAAUCGUGUUCAACGAUUUUUUAUCGAAUAG